AUGGGGCAAUAUGUUGUUUCCCCUGGAAUUUGUUGACUGUCACUCUACCUUCCUGUCUUGUAAAGUAGAGAGGUGCUUUCUCUUCCAGAAAAUGGAGAAAUCUCACCAGAACUUACCACCCCGUAGACCCAACACGACCCGCUCAGGUAGGAGCUGCUCCCACGAUGACCUUGCUGUCUCUGUGGUAUUUCCAGGGCUGGUGACACGAGAUAGCUGCUCCAGGUUUACCUGUGAGCUCAUCAAACACAUCCUGCACCAGCGCCACCAACUCCCGCUGCCGUACGACCAACUGCUAGUGUUCAGUAGAAAGCAGCAGAGCAGUGAGGAUCCCGUUUGUAAACGCCCUAAAGUAGGAGAUUCAGGCUCCCGCCAGUGCCAGAAGGCUUUGUUGGACCUAGACGAAUUACUUUCACAGCUGGAGGUUCUUUUCACCCUCACUUUUGUUCCCCGUGUCUUGCUGUUGCUGGGUGGAAACCCCAUGAGCCCCAAAGAGCUGUAUGAGAUAAACAUGGAAGGUGUACAGAUGGGGAGUGGAGAGCAGAGUUUGAGUACACGACCAUGUCUGCGUCAAAUCUUCCGUUCCCUUUUCCUUGCUGACCCUUUCAGUGACCUCCGUUCUUCCUCUCUCAUGACCCUGGCUGUAAUGGCUCUAGCACACCGGGACUGCGGCACAGAGUGGUUUCGGCCAAAGCUCUAUUACAAGGUGCCCACCCGGGGGCACGUAGUUACAGUCAAACUGUCAUGCAGUGAGCCUCAAACUUUGGAGCAAGGCAGUGAUGACUACAUCUGGUUCCAGGCCCCAGUGAUUGUUAAAGGUUUUCAUCACUGAGUGACCCCCAUUACAUCCAGUAAAGAACUCCUGCUUGAUUCAACAUGGAUGAUUCUUAUGUUACAUGUUCAGAAUCCAAAGAUACGGUCCUCUACCUACCUGGUGCUUCACUAAACACAUAUUAGCACAGGAGUGUAGGGGGCAGACUUACAUCAUGGAUGGGAACAUUCAGUCUGUUUUAACUUGCCAUUUUAUUUUUUUUAUUUUUCUUUAAUUAGACUCAGGAAGAUGCUUCCCCUCCACGCAGCCGUGACAUGACCUGAUGAUGUCUUCCAGGAAGACGUGGCCACUGUCACGGUGCUGGAGUUAGGCUGGGGUUUGUGAGGAAGUUUAAUGUGCAAUGUUGAAUUUGUCUUCUGGUGAUAGAGUGAAUGACUCUGGGUCAGUCCAGGCACAUUCAUUGUGAUCUAGCUAUGAGCUGUGCUGCCAAGUUAUUUACAAAUGUUCAAGUUAAUCUUCUCAGAAGAUUGAUUUUCGCUCCCGUUAUGGUGUUCUGAAAAAGACAUAAUGGCAAAGAAUGUAAAGGUAACAACAAUAUAAUGGAUGAACUGUGUGUUUCUCUGUAUGGUGACCCCAUGUCCUGUAUUCAGUGUCCGAACCUGAAUCCCUGAAAUGUCAAUAUGGUCCAGACGGCCAAGCUUGCUGGACACCUGCCACAGACAUGCUAGUUAAUGAUCAACAAUAUUUACCAACAAUUUGAUAAUUACUUGGGUGCCCUGGUUUCCUGUGAUCCAGCAGAUACUGCGCACCGUCACAGAAUGGAAAGAGAUCCUCUACAGCGAUAUCUGUUAAGAGGGAACAGGCAUUGAACGCCAGAGAUCCAGCUACGUAUCAAACCGUUCUAAAAUGUACUCCAGUGGUUAUGGUGCUAUGACCGCCCCUGUAAGAUGACCAGUCUCAGAAGUCUUUCCUGUUUACAUACCCAGAAUCUUAUGAUGACUGCUAAUUAUUUAUUAUGAAGUGUCUGAUUAAAUAAAGAGAAACUCUCUGUUAAUUAAGACAAAAGGGCAUAUUUUA